CCAGACCGGUUCUCUAGCGAUAGAGGUAGAAAGAGUGCUUUCACUUUCUUCUAAUAAAACUGGUUCUGACUAAUUGUUGAGGAUAAGCUUCCUGGUGGGGGAAAAUACGAAGUGGUUAAAAGUUGCAUCAGUUUGCCGCCAUAUUGCGCGUGAACGCAUAUCCGGCGGAAGUGGGACAAUACAUAUCGCAAAGCCCUGGGUACGAAAUCUUCGAAGAUAUCAAUGCGCAUGUUUACACGUCAGAAAAUCCAAGAUGGCGUUCACAUUCUACAGUUUACUCGAAGCCUGUCUUUUAGUGGUAAAUGCUGUUGCAGUGCUUCACGAGGAGCGAUUUCUGGCGAAAAUUGGAUGGGGUACGGACCAGCUCUCAGGAUUUGGAGACGAAAGAGGAACAAAACACCAAGUUAUUAAUCUCAUACAUUCAGUCAGGACUGUUAUGAGAAUACCUCUUAUUUUGCUUAACUCACUUACAAUACUUUUAUUACUACUGAUGGGAUGAUCUUACAUGGUACAACACGUCUUGAAAUACUUGGACUUCGGAGUUGCUGAAGAAAUCAGUGGGGCAUUGAAUCAGAGUAUUUUCGAAAGAAAAGAAAACUUCUUCGAGUGAAUUCACUUUUCUGAGGAUAAGGACUAAUUGAAUUGUCUACCUUGUUUUAUGGAACCUAAUAUCAACCAGUAUAGAGUAGGUAACUGCAAAGCGAUGGAGUUUUCAAAAAUUAUUUUUUCCAAGUACCUUGAUAAGAACAUUACUAUACUAUCUUGUGCUCUUAUGAUAUUAAAUUGCUAGUCAGAAUGUUCACAUAUUUAUGGCAGCAUUAACUCAAUGCGGUCUGAUAUCUAAUAGCUUUUUUUAAAAUAAUUAAAAAAAUAUAUUAUGGCAUGUAUAUUGUGCAUUUUGGCAGAUUACUAGAAGUAAAAAGUGUUCUUUACACUACCAACUGUUA